CAACGUUCCGCAACACUACUCUCAUCGGCUUGGUUCUGCAGACAGGACUUACUCGCUUUCUUGCGGGAGUGCAAUCAAUCCCCAGCUCGUUUUCGUUUCACGAUGAGUUCCCGACCUCGUUUUGACGCGGCGGCCCAAAAUUCCAACCCAACCUACAAAGCCUCCUUGACUCCUCCAUCGUCGAAGUCCAGCAUGAAAGAAAAGAAGCAAGUUUCCGUACGAGACAGAGACUCUGGCAGUCGGGAAACCACUCCAACAGCAAAGUCUGGCGUCAUGAUUAAAAGUGACACGCAGUUAGCUACGGCUUUCAGAUCCGACCUUAUGAACAUAAAAUCCACUGUCACUUGCUCAAUUUGUGACCAGCUCCUCUACGAACCUUACACCUUGGCCUGCGGUCACACCUACUGCUAUUCUUGCCUUUGCAACUGGUUUGUUCCGAACAAGCACAAGAAGACUUGUCCAGAAUGCCGUGCUCGAGUCAAGCAAAUUCCCACACCAAACUACAUUGUCAAAUCUAUCGUCGAUGUAUUCACGAAGCAAAUCGAGCUAAUGCCCGCUGAUGAGAACCCCGAACAACACGUCCAGCGACGAGCGGAGGAGAUCGCAGAAGUCGAGAAGGACAGACAUAAUCCUGCGGGCCUAUUCAAGGGAACAUUUUCCAGAGGCCCGCGACGCAAGCGAUUGUUCAGAGAUGAAGAAGAUGGCGGUGUUUUGAGAUGCCCUGGUUGCGGCCAUGAACAUGAGGGAGGUCCGGCAUGCGCAAUCUGCGGAGAGGAAAUUGACGAGUACCCUUACGACUUCAGCGACUUUGAUGAGGACGACGCCGAUCUUGAAAUCGAGGACAUCGACAAUCUCGAACUUGACUUGGAUGCCGACGAGAUCAACGCCGAGUUUGCUGACAUGCAUGGCCAUCAUCACUUCAUAGACCUCCCAAAUUUCGGUCCGGCUGCUCCUCAUCUUGGAAAUAUGUACGGCCAUCGCUUCCUCCAUCCUGCAGUGCUCGAGGAAGUUAGCGACCUAUCCAAUUCCGAGGGAAGCGAAAACAUUGAUAGUGAGGAAGACGACAAUUCUCUCGACGGUUUUGUUGUGCAAGAUGAUGAUGAUGAGGAGCCAAUUCGAGUCCCGAACAAUCGUCGUGGUCGUCCCACAGCUACCCAGCAUUUCACAAUUGACCUUACCUCCGACGAUGAAUCCGAUGAAGGUGGUGCAAUCUCUAAUGGUCGCUUACGUCGCCGUCGUGGAAGUCAAAGAUCAACGCCGCCACCCGCAGUUCCUAAUGCACUUAGCAUUUCAGAUGGCAGCGCUCAUGAAUCGGAUUUCGAUGAGACUUUGAGUGAGGCAGAACAACGCUUGCAGAAUGCUGGUUGGAGUCCACUCGACAAUGGUCAUGAUAGCGAGAUUGAAAUUCGUAUGCCUUACGAUCACGACUAUCCCGCUUAUGGCACGUCCGAAGACGACGAGCAUGGAGACGGUGCUAGUGACACCACUAACACCUCAACCAUCGGUGGUAAUGUAAACUAUCACGAACGAGAACGUAGAGAGGAAGAUGAUCUAUCGGAUUCUUCACACUCGGAAACUCCUACAUAUCACGGUGGUAACUAUCCAAGAGAUACAAGCCCUUUCUACCGUGGCAACUAUGCUGGACAGUAUCAGUACCUCGGAGAAGAGGAAGAGGACGACGAAGUCACGAAUGGAUACUCGACUAAUACGAGCGGUGUCAUGGAUCGAGACGGCGAUACUGAAAUGAGCGCUUCUAGCCGAAGCCGCAGCAGCAGCAGUGUCACCCCCAAUCCUUAUGCUACCGCCUACGACGAAGUGUUCUACGCUCGAGAAGGCAGUGAGCCGGUCACCGAGUACGGUGAUGACUACGGUGACGCUCAUGAGUCUGAACCAGAGUACCAUCCAAGAGAAGCUCGCGAUGUUAGUGAGCAACGCACUGAUUACGGCGAAGACCGACAACUGGACAGUGAAAGCGACUAUGGUUACAUGACUCCCGCUCACACCUAUGUUGCGAAUGCAGUUCAUGAACCCGAACCAGAAGCAGAAUCCUCGGAUAGUUCUAUUCGUCCACCAAACCGCCGUCAACCAAGACAACCACGACAGUACUUGGCACCCAGUCGCGAGGGUGUUCAAGUUCACAACUACCACUAUAAUCCAUUUGUCCCCUUGGCCACAGAGUCUCGACAGCGAAUGGAGAGAGGAAGCCGUGCCAAUCCGAUCUGUUUUGACGAUGCCGGCGAUGACUGGGAAGGUGACGUACGAAGCAUCAUUGAACCUUCUUCUCGCACUCGCAGAAUGACUGCUUAUCGGGACAUGCCAACUCGUCGCAUUGACCCGUUGAGAAGCUCUCGAUCUCCUUCGGCUAGCCGUGUCAUGUCUUCUUCCUACAGAAACUCACGUUAUGCCCCUCAGUAUUCACGCAGAGGUUAGAUUUGUUUGGGGCGUUCAUAAGGUAUACUUCAUGAUAGCAUAUUUCGGCGUUGUGAACAUGGGGAGGAGUUACUUGAGCGAGCGGAGGAAUACUUCGACCGAGGAAAUGUAACGGUAUGAGGGUUGUGGAAUUGGCAUGGUCUUCCCACAUAGAGCAUAGAUUGGUAGCUUCCUACCUGCAGCAGUAAUCUCAGGACUUAGUCAUUAAGACGUGCAUAAUGUGAUUUGACAUUGUUACUUGACAGCGUGCUGAAUUGCCAG